AUGAAGGUCGCUCUCCUUGUGGCGUCGUUGCUCAGCACGACUGCCGCCGGCGCCGUCCGGCCCAAAGCAUCCUACGACGGCCACAAGGUGUUCCGCGUGCCCGUCGCUGACGACGGCUCGAAUAUCCGCAGUGUCAUUAAGAAGCUGGGUCUGGUUACGUGGAAGCCGCCGGGCAGGAAGGGCGCCUUUGCCGACAUCCAAGUCCCGCCAGCUCAACUGGACUCGUUCCACGACAGCAUGAAGGGCCACCAGCUCAUCACGAUGCACGACGAUCUCGGAAAGUCUAUAGAGCGGGAAGGUGCAUUCCAAGCUUAUUCCGCUGGCUCCGCCAACCGCACCUGGUUCGAAUCCUAUCACGCCUACAGCGACCAUGUCCAGUGGCUCAGCGACUUGGCCAGCCGGUACCCAAAGAUGUCCAAGCUGGUCAGCUCGGGCAACUCCCUGCAGGGCAACCCCAUCCCCGGAUUGCACAUCUUUGGACGCUCCGGCCCUGGCAAAAAGCCGGCCGUCGUUUUCCACGGCACCGUCCACGCUCGCGAGUGGAUCGCAUCCAUGGCCGUCGAGUACAUGAUGAGCGAGCUCGUUACAAACUACGGUUCAGACACGAGCAUCACUGCCUUUGUCGACAAGUACGACUUCUACCUGUUCCCAAUCGUCAACGUCGACGGCUUCAAGCACUCCCAGACCGUGGACCGCCUGUGGCGCAAGAACCUCCAGCCCAACCCCGGAAGCAGCUGUCGCGGCCACGACAUCAAUCGCAACUGGGACUACAAAUGGGGCGGCCAGGGGGCUUCGCCAAAUCCCUGCGGGGACGACUAUGGCGGCGAAAAACCCGCCGACGCUCCGGAAACAAGGGCCUUGGCCGCGUUUCUUCACGGCGUCAAGGCCGCGCAGGGCCUGAAGCUGUACAUCGACUACCACUCCUACGGCCAGCUCUUCAUGACGCCCUACGGAUACUCUUGCUCCGCCCGAGCCCGCAACGACAACGAGCUGCAGUCCCUCGCCAAGGGGGCCGUCGACGCCAUCUACGCGGUGAACAAGGUCAAGUUCGACCACGGCCCCAUCUGCAACAUCAUCUACCAAGCCACAGGGUCCAGCGUCGAUUACGUGGCCGACGUUGUCGGGGCCGACUACACGUUUGCCUCCGAGUUGCGCGACAUGGGUGAGCACGGGUUCAUCCUGCCGCCGGAGCAGAUUGUGCCCAGCGCCAAGGAGGCCUUUGCCGGAGCCGCGUAUCUGCUGCAGCACAUGAAGUAG